AUGUGCUGCAACGCCAACGUCGACAACAACAGCGUCAGCAUCAUCAUGGCUGACUGCUCCCGUCCCAGCCUCUGGCGAUGCUGCCACUGCGAGGUUGGCUGGUUCUCGAUGGCGCUCGAUGCGAGCUGCCCAUCUUGCCUCAACUACCGCUGCGACAACUGCCAGUUUUCAUUUGGCUCUUGA